AUGCAGAAGGGGGACCGUUGCCAUGGUGACACAGAGGGAAUCCAUCGCUACGGCGUGGAGGCAGUUGCCACAACAACGGGCCACGUGGCACCGCGGGAGGGGGCUGCCCCAGCGUCCGGGCCGCGCCGCCCCCCCCCGCUGCAGCCGCUGCUCCAGCGCGCCGCCGCCCUACAGCGGGAACUGGAGCAGGGCAAGGACAAGCCCUUCACGGAGGUCGUGUGGUGCCACUCGGGAGACCCGGCCGCCGCCGGCCGCCGGCCCCUCGCCCUCCUCCGGCAGGUGGCUGCCGCCUGCGUCUGCCCCGAGCUGCUGGGCACCGUGUCGGCCGAGGCCGGGCAGCUCGCGCGCCGCGUCCUGCAGCACCUGCACGGCGGCAGCCCAGGGGCUUACAACCUGGAGUACGUCACCGGCGCGGUGGCCGACGCGGCGGCCCGGUUCCUGCAGCGGCGCGACGGUGGCAUCGCCUGCGCCCCCGGCAGCGUGGUGCCCUGCGGCGGCACGGCGGCGGCCGUGCUGGACGUGGUGUCGCUGGUGGCGGACGCGGGGGCGGCGCGGCGGGCGGCCGUGCUGCUGCCGGCGCCGGGACCCCCGUUGCACGCGGCGGCGGCGGCGCUGGCCGGGACGGCCGCCGUGCCCUACCGGCUGGCCGAGGAGCGGGGCUGGGACGUGGACGUCGCCGAGGUGCGGCGGGCGCUGCGCCAGGCCCGGGCGCGCUGCGACCCCAAGGUGCUCUGCGUCGUCAACCCCGGCGACCCCACGGGCCACGUGCUGAGCCGGCAGAGCAUGGAGGACAUCAUCCGGCUGGUGCACGAGGAAAACCUGCUGCUGCUGGCGGACGAGGUGCACCAGGACAGCGUGGCCACCCCCGGGCGCCCCUUCCUCUCCUUCAAGCGGGUGCUGUGCGAGAUGGGCGCCCCGCUGGCCACCACCGUCCAGCUCGUCUCCUUCUACUCCCUCUCCAAGAGCAUCGCCGGCGAGAGCGGUUUCCGAGCCGGCUUCUUCGAGCUGGUCAACAUCGACCCCGGCAUCCUCAAGUGCUUCUACACGUGGGGGCUCUCCGUCUACCCCCCCAUCCUGGGCCAGGUCCUGCUGCACAUGCUCCUGGAGCCCCCGGGGCCCGACGAGCCCUGCUACGCCGCCUUCGCCGCGGAGGAGCAGGCGGUGCGGAGCGACCUGGCCCUCAAGGCCCGGCUGGUGCAGGACCUGCUCGCCGGGGCGCCCGGCAUCAGCUGCCAGCCCGUGCAGGGCGGCGUGCGCGCCUUCCCCCGCAUCCAGCUGCCGCCCCGCGCCGUGCGGGAGGCCCAGGAGCAGGGCCUGGAGCCCGAUUUCUUCUUCUGCCAGAAGCUGCUGGAGGCGACGGGCAUCGUGCUGGCCCCGGGGAGCGCGUUCGGGCAGCAGGAGGGCACCUACCACGUCGGGCUGUCGCUGCUGCUGCCCGCCGAGACGCUGCGCCGGGUGCUGGGCACCGUGGCCGAGUACCACGCCGCCUUCGUGCGGGACUUCUCCUGACGCAGCCCCGGGCCGGGCAGCACCCGCGCCCGCCAAUUAAAGCACCAAUUAAAGCA